CAUCGCAUUCUGUUCCGCUGUUCCGUUCCAACAAGACAAAGCAAGAGUAAAUUAAUUUAAUCCAAAUUCAAUUCCCGACUCCCGCAGUCGAAGUUAUUUUUUUUGUGCCCCCAAAAGAGUUGAAUUCGCCGACUGGGCGAAAAACGCCGGCGCACGGAAGAGACAGGGAUAGAGCACCUAGCACUCGCACUCGCACAGACAUCCUGCAUCAACCUACACCCACACAGCCAUGAUCCUCGAGAGAAACCGGGGGAGCCAGGUGGCCCUUCUUCUGGUCGUCCUGCUGGCGGCCAUCGCUGCCCAAACGGGGGCCCAGAAAUCCGGCAAACUGACGACGACCGGGACUUCCUGCGCCUCCAAGCUGAGAUGCAACACCUGCAUCCAGGUGGAGGGAUGCGGCUGGUGCCUGGACAUCGACUUCAAGGGCCAGUCACGUUGCUACCAGAACGGAACCCAAAAGUGCGACAACCAGUGGUUCCCGCAGAACCUGGAGAAGAUUCUAUUGAACGAGGAGCUGACCGCCGAGUCCAGUGGAUCCUCUAGUGGCUUCAGUGGAUCCAGUGGCUAUUCCAUCGAGAGCGGCAGCAGCGGCAGCAGCGGCAGCAGCAGCAGUUCGGGCCACUUUAGCCAGAACUCCGGCGGCUCGAUCUCCGGCAGCGGGGCGCACAGGUCCUCGGGCAAGAUAGUCCAGAUCCAGCCGCAGUCCCUGAAGCUCUCGUUGCGCGUCAAUCAGAAGCACAACCUCAGGGUCAGCUACUCCCAGGCGGUGGGCUAUCCCGUGGAUCUCUACUACUUGAUGGACCUCUCCAAGUCCAUGGAGGACGACAAGCAGAGUCUCUCCAAGCUGGGCGACAAGCUGUCCACGGCCAUGAAGGAAAUCACCUCCAACUUCCGCCUGGGCUUCGGUUCGUUUGUGGACAAGGUGCUCAUGCCCUAUGUCUCGACCAUUCAGAAGAACCUAAUAUCACCGUGUGAUAAUUGCGCAGCAACAUAUGGCUAUCGUCACAGUGUCAGCUUCACCAAUGACACGUAUAAGUUUAUUGAAGAGGUGAAGGGCGCCCAGGUGUCGGGCAAUCUGGAUGCUCCGGAGGGCGGAUUCGAUGCCAUUAUGCAGGCCAUUGCCUGUCGCUCGGAAAUCGGCUGGCGCAACGAGUCCCGUCGCCUGCUGGUCUUCUCCACGGACGCCGGUUUCCAUUAUGCCGGCGACGGCAAGCUGGGCGGAGUGAUUGCCCCCAACGACGGCGAGUGCCAUCUGAAUGCCCAGGGCGAGUACACGCACUCCAUUUACCAGGACUACCCGAGCAUCUCGCAGAUCAACCAGAAGGUCAAGGACAAUGCCAUCAACAUUAUCUUCGCGGUGACCGCCAAUCAGCUGUCGGUCUACGAGAAGCUGGUGGAGCACAUUCAGGGCUCCUCGGCCGCCAAGCUGGACAACGACUCGGCCAACGUGGUGGAUCUGGUCAAGAGUGAAUACGAUAAAAUCUCCUCUUCGGUGGAGAUGAAGGACGACGCCAGUUCGUAUGUGAAGAUCAACUACUUCUCCUCCUGCCUGGGCAACGGAACCCCAGUGGCCACCAACAAGUGCGAGAAGGUGAAGCAGGGCACCAAGGUGACCUUCAAUGCCGAGAUCCAGCUGCUCAAGUGCCCCGAGGAUCCGCGCGACUGGCACCAGACCAUCCGCAUUUCGCCCGUCGGCAUCAACGAGUACAUGGAGAUCCAGCUGGAGAUGCUCUGCUCCUGUCCCUGCGAGCAUUCCGGGUCGCAGGGCUACGAGGCGAAUGCCUCGAUCUGCAACGGCCACGGCACCUCCAUGUGCGGCAUCUGCCAGUGCGACGAGAAUCACUUUGGCAACAAGUGCGAGUGCAAUGCGAUGGACAUUAACUCGAAGAACGGCAACGACGCUUCCUGCCGGGCGGACAACACGACGCUGACGGACUGCUCGGGUCGCGGCAACUGCGUCUGCGGCACCUGCGACUGCCACAAGCGUCCGAAUCCCGAGGAGGAGGUGUCCGGCAAGUUCUGCGAGUGCGACAACUUUAGCUGCGAGCGGAACAAGAACCAGCUGUGCUCGGGCCCCGAUCACGGCACCUGCGAGUGCGGCCAGUGCAAGUGCAAGCCCGGCUGGGGUGGCACCAACUGCGGCUGCCUGGAGUCCACGGACAGCUGUUUGGCGCCCGGCAGCACGGAACUCUGCUCCGGCCACGGCGCCUGCGAGUGCGGCGUCUGCAAGUGCACGGCCACCGAGCAGGGACGCUACUCGGGCAGGUUCUGCGAGAAGUGCCCCACCUGCUCGGGUCGAUGCCAGGAGCUGAAGGACUGCGUCCAGUGCCAGAUGUACAAGACGGGCGUGCUGAAGAACGGCGAUGACUGCGCCAAUAACUGCACUCUGUUCACGCCCGUUGGCGUGGAGAAGGUGGAGAUCGAGGAGCACAAGGACGAGCAGAUAUGCACCUUCUUCGACGAGGACGACUGCAAGUUCAUGUUCAAGUACAGCGAGGAUGGACAGGUGCUCAAGGUCUCCGCCCAGGAGAACAAGGAGUGUCCGCCCAAGGUCUUCAUGCUGGGCAUUGUCCUGGGCGUCAUUGCGGCCAUCGUGCUCGUGGGUCUGGCCAUUCUGCUGCUCUGGAAGCUGCUCACCACCAUCCACGAUCGCCGCGAGUUCGCCCGCUUCGAAAAGGAGCGCAUGAACGCCAAGUGGGAUACGGGCGAGAAUCCCAUCUACAAGCAGGCCACCUCCACCUUCAAGAACCCCAUGUAUGCGGGCAAAUAAAUCCGAUAUCUAACUAAAUAUUAGGGAAAUGUAAACUGUCUGUGCUUGAACCGGAAAUCAGAAAACCAACCACCAAACAAAUCCACAAGAAACCAAUCUUCAGAACACUUCGACGAAGCUGCUUUGCCCCGGGUGCAAAACCACUAAAGUCAACUGCCAUUGAAACGCGUUCUAAACUAAGUCAACCUUACAUAUAUAUAUAUUUAUAUAUACAUUUACACAAGAGCCUUUAUACAUUGCGUAUACUUAACGAGCAAACGAUUUGUGCCUUGCAACAUAUUUUAGAUUAUAUCUAUACGUAUAUAAACGAGCAAGAGAACAGACAACGCACAGCAGCCAGAAAAGAAAAAAAUAAUAAGAAAUAACAGCCAACAAAUGAGCCACGAACGAUAGUUAGAAAUACGAUUUUUGUGUUCUUUAUUGUGCCCAUAGUAUCCAAGUAUCCAAGCCAGCACAUGAAUUUGUAUUUUAUUUUUGACUCUUAAUUUGUAAUUUGUAUUUUUUGUUUUGUGUUUCCCUUACUGUUCCCUAAUUUUUAUCAUUAACGAGAAGCCACUGCAAUAUAGUGAUGUAUUUAACCGAAAGCGAAACCGAAAUCGAAACUAGAAAUGGGAUACUUAACUGAUACUGAUCUGCUACCCUCCCAAAAAACCCCUGUCUAAAUGUUUUUCUAUUGUUUUUAAAGCUAACUUUACAAUUAAUAUUUAAGCAAUUAACAUUUAAGCUUGUAAUUGUUAAUU